AGAGAGAGAGAGGGAGAUGGGGUGAGUUGGGCCGUUGUUUUCGGGGGUGAUGCUGCUGCUGUGGAAUAGAAGGCACCUUCCAAAGGGUUCCGAGCGAGGAGACAUGUUCUAAUCUUUUCCUACACAAAUACAACUCCUCCAAACUCCUUCCUACUUUACACCCAAAACUCCUAAAAAGGAAAAAACCCAUUUUAAGUGCACUCUUGGACGUGCUGUCAUGCUUCCCCAAACGGCCGUGUUGUAAAGUGGAUGGCCUGCAAAAAGUUUUGGGUGUUAUUUUCGGUGCUUUCCGGAACAUAGUGCAUUGAUGACAUUAGCAACACAAGAAUUUUGGAACCUUCCUGAGCAUCUGGAAGUUCUUUGCAUUGUCAUUGAGAGGCAACUUGGAGAAAUUGGUACAAGGUUGUAAAGAAUGCAUAACACAGGCAAGAAAGAGCCAGAUCAAAGUUCUGUCCAUUCAGGGAUUGCAUACACGGCCAGUUGCCCAUCAUGGUGGAAUGCAGCUGGGUCUCAGAUUCCACAAUCUUCAUUUUCCAAGAGCUUGAACCUGAAUUUGGACUCUCCAACACAACAUUGUCACAACACGAAACAGUUGGGCCGUCAACUUCAAGACCAAGAAUCAUCCUCUACUCAGUCAACUGGUCAAUCUCAUCAUGAUGCGGUGAAUGUAGGGGGAGGAAACUUGCAUGGGCAUUGCAUUUCAGGACAGUCGGGAAAUGAUGAGACUUAUGGGAAGCGGCCCAAUGCUGAUGGACAUGUGAAGUCGGUUCUUUCACUGGGAGGUCCUGAUCUUGGAUUCCCACGGUCGCAGGUUGACCAUAGCCAGUCAGUUGCUCGGUUCCCGUAUGCUUAUGUAGAUCCAUACUACUGUGGGAUAAUGGCAUCUUAUGGACCACAAGCUAUUAUUCAUCCCCAAAUGUUGGGAAUGGCUACUGCACGUGUGCCGCUCCCUCUCAACCUUGAAGAGGAUGGUCCGAUUUAUGUCAAUGCAAAACAAUACCGGGGAAUCAUCAGGCGGAGAAUGUUACGUGCCAAGCUAGAGGCUCAGAGUAAACUGAUCAAAGAUAGAAAACCAUACCUUCAUGAGUCUAGGCAUCGUCAUGCGAUCAACCGACCGAGGGGAUCCGGUGGACGGUUCCUCAACACAAAGAAGCUCCAGCAAUCAAAGCUAACUCCAACCACCACCACUGACAGCCAUAACCUCUCUGAUCCCGUCCUUCAGCUGGGUGGGAUCCUUGAAUCAGACGUCCUGCGCUCGGAAAACAGCAAUACUGGCGCCUCAGCUACCUGCUCGGACGUAACGAGCGUCUCGAACAAUGAUGACAUCAUUCAGCGGACCGAUCUGGGCCACCCCACCUUCCCUCCCCACAUGGGUGGCGGCGGUAUUACCUGUAAUGGGUCCCACCAUCUGUUUCCCAUCAAUCGAUGAGAGAUGGGUGGCUGCCCGCUUGCCAGGCCGCAAGAACAUGUUGGACACAUGAGGUGUUUAUGGUGUUUCCUGUCAGAUCGAAGAAGCAUCUCUGGUGUUUCAUGGCAAUUCAUCCUUGGCUCUUUUCCAUUUCUGUGGCCUUAAAAACGUCUCAUAUUUUAAGCUCUUCUUUGUUGAAAACUGGAAUGGAAAGUUUAGAAACUAAGAACAGAAAAAACUACUUUCCCUUUUUACUCUGUUAGUUGAUAGGAUUAUGGGAUUUGAAUCUUGAAAUUGGAUUAUGGGAUUUGAAUCUUGAAAUUGGAUUUGUAAUCAA